AUGACUUUUCAUUUUUUAAAUGCAAUACAUUACUUUACUUAUUUACUUACUUUUGUCAUAUUGAAGUGGGAACUGACGGAAUCAAACAGUAGAAUCCCAGAAAAUCGAAACGAGCCUAUCCAGAUUAAAUGUCUUAGUUGUAAUGCUUGGAUCAUAAGGGAUGUGCGAAAUCGAUGGCAUUGUUUAAGCUGUAUUUCUCGACGUUCAUUUCAUUUUUUUCCUGCAUGCGGCAAUGUCAUCAGUGAACAAUAUCCAGCAGAAGUCAUAAAGAAGAAUUCUACAUCAUCGUCUACUUAA